AUGGGGAAUGCUACCACUGUUUGUUCAGACAAGACUGGUACGCUUACACAGAACAAGAUGACUGUAGUGACGGGCAUUAUUGGUGCCUCGGAGGCGUUUGCAGACGGCUCGGGCUCCUUUCUGGCUGAAUCCUACCAGCAAACCGCACAAGCACCUCCCACGGCACACGCUUUGAUCUCUUCACUCUGCCGAGAGGCUCGAGACACCCUCAAGGAAAGCUCCACCUUGAACUCAACCGCUAUCGAAGCCGGGGAAGCGGGUCACUUCAUCGGAUCAAGCACAGAGACUGCCCUGCUCAACUUCGCUUCCGACCAUCUCGGCAUGCAGGACCUCAGCGAGGAACGAGCAAACGGGAACAUUGUUCAUAUGGUUCCAUUCAACGCCGCCCGAAAAUGGAUGGCCACGGUCUUACGGACGCCAGCUGGGCGGCAUCGCCUUCUGGUCAAGGGAGCUGCCGAGGUCAUCGUGGACAGGUGCACCGAAACUUUGCAAGACCCCAAGGCCAGCAUGGCCACCAAGACGCUAAUGGCAGCUGAUUUGGACGGCUUGAAGGUCAAGAUGCAGAACUAUGCCAAGAGAUCACUCCGCGUUAUUGCUGUUGCGUACCGUGACCUGGACGACUGGCCUGCAGAUGAUCAACACAUGGAUGCCGACAACAUUGCCAAUCUUUCCGAUUUGGUUCUCCUGGCAGUAUUCGGACUACGCGAUCCCUUACGCCCCGAGAUUGUCGACUCUGUGCAGCAAUGUCAGUCUGCCGGUGUCUUUGUUCGUAUGGUGACUGGUGAUAACUUCUUCACGGCCAAAGCAAUCGCCUCGGAAUGUGGCAUUUAUACUGCUGGAGGGAUCGCCAUGGACGGGCCAGCCUUUCGACGUUUGACCUUGGAGCAACUCAACCUUGUUGUUCCACGUCUCCAAGUGCUCGCUCGAUCUAGUCCUGAUGAUAAGCUUCUCCUCGUUUCCCACCUGAAAGGCAUGGGUGAGGUGGUUGCUGUCACGGGCGACGGGACGAAUGAUGCAUUAGCGUUGAAAGCCGCUGAUAUCGGGUUUUCCAUGGGCAUUUCCGGGACCGAAGUAGCUAAGGAGGCUUCAGACAUCAUCUUGAUGGACGACAACUUUACUUCUAUCGUGAAAGCUAUUGGUUGGGGUCGAGCUGUAAACGAUGCUGCCAAAAAGUUUCUCCAGUUCCAAUUCACCAUCAAUAUCACAGCCGGUACCUUGACCAUCAUGUCCGCCCUCGUCGGUGGCACUGACUCCUCCGUCUUCACGGUUGUGCAGCUUCUUUGGAUCAACCUCAUCAUGGACACGUUCGCCGCACUCGCCUUGAGUACCGAUUUUCCUACCGAUGAUCUGUUUUCGCGAAAGCCAGAACCGAGGACUGCUUCAGUGUUGACCACGACAAUGUGGAAGAUGAUCGUGGGGCAAAGUGUCUAUCAGCUGGCAGUCAUCUUCACGCUCCACUACGCUGGUGGACAUCUCUUUGGCUAUCGUGAUGAGAUUAAGAAGAAGCAUCUGCAGACCAUGGUCUUUAAUAUCUAUGUUCUCAUGCAAUUCUUCAACCAAUUGAAUUCACGACGGUCCGACAACAAGCUCAACUUGUUCGAAGGGAUCCUCAAAAACCCCUGGUUCAUCUUCGUCCAGAUAGUCACGCUUGCGGGCCAAAUCGUCAUCGUAUUCUUUGGCGGCGAGGCCUUUCAGACGGUUCAACUUAGUGGUGCUGAAUGGGGAUGGUCCAUCUUGUUUGGCUUACUGACUCUUCCUGUGGGCGUUGCCAUACGGCUGAUCCCUGAUCCUGUGGUACACAAGUUUAGUAUUGCCUUUGAAUACUGCCUAUCUAUCAAAUUGCCGCGUGGCCCCGUUGGAGAUCACGAACAAGAAGCGGCUCAACACCGUCGGUCUGUUGGUCAGCGCUUUAGAGCCAUGUUUCCAACGGUCUUCGCCUCCAAGACAUCACCAGGAGACGCACCAGGUCAUGACUCAACUGCUAUCGAUGCGCAAGCCAACUUGCAUCUGUCACAUCAGCCUCCUCAACAGUCUACUGUCGCCGUUGAAGAGUUUGACCUGGUCGGGGCUGUCGACUCAGCGAGGUAUGGCACUGGAGACCCUCAUCCUGCUUUCGAGGUACACCCCGACACGUUGAAAGAGGACCCGGUGAUCCAGGACCUUCCUGCCGGAAGCAAUAUACCGCCGAGCCAGAACCCGACGCUGCUCCGAUAUAUGGCAAAAUUCUCGCAGUGA